AUGUCAGCUAAAGUUGCAACUCAGAAGUUCUCCUUCCCCUUCUCCUGUGCUGCACACCGUUGUCAGCAAGAUGAGGUGACCCAGAAGGGAUGCGUACAGGUGAAGGCCCUGGCACUUCAUGACCUUCAGGAGAAUCCGAUCUUAAGCAAACAGAGUCCUGCUGCAGUUAUAGGAGCCCUGGUACAUAAUGAGAACCAGGUCCAGGAGAGUUCAAAGCCUCCUCCUGGGGCAGACGUGGCACCUGCCCAGGUCCUGGUCUGUGCCAAAGCUUCGCAGAGCGCUGUGCUCUCCAGGCAGAACGUGUCUGAGAAACUGAUGGUUGAAAGUGAAGAUCAGCGUCCAGUGGCGAAGAGGCAGUUGUCGUCCGAGAGCGCAGCCAGGACCAUCACCGUGGUGAAGAAGAGCGCAGUGAGGAAGGAGGCUGAGGAACAGAGACACCUGAAACCGAAAGCACACCUGGGGCAGAGGGUGUCACCGUGCGCUGUGGCGGCAGGGCAGAGGAGGCGUCGAAAGGACCUCUUCACCAACUCUGAGGUCUUCCACAGGGUUGAUUCACAUGUCAUCAGGGCAGGAGCAGAGCUGAAGGAAAAGUGUGUGUAUGAUGUAAAGUUGAUAGUACAGAGCAUCACAAAAGGAGCCAGAAAUGAGCUGGAGAGGCUUCGUGCCAUUUGGGUCUGGCUGUGCCACAACAUCGAGUAUGAUGUGAGUGGGUACCUCGGCCACUCUGAGAAGCUGAGCUCCCCAGAGGACGUGAUAGCGGCUGGUCGGGGUGUGUGCUGUGGCUACUCCAACCUCUGCACGGAGAUGUGCAGAGAGGUGGGCAUCGAGUGCCAAGAAGUGCCAGGCCACAGUAAGGGCAUUGGGUACCGUCAGGGCCAGAGCCUCAAGAAUGUGAAAUCUGAUCACCUGUGGAACGGCGUGCUUCUGGGAGGACAGUGGUUCCUAUUGGACGCCUGUUGGGGAGCGGGGCGAGUAGAUAUGGAACACGAAAGCUUCGUCAAAAGGUUCGAUGAUUUCUAUUUCCUAACGGACCCGGAGGAGUUCAUAGAUUCACACUUCCCUGAUGAGGAGAAAUGGCAGCUCCUGGACAUGCCCAUCACUGUGGGGGAGUUUGAGAGGAGGGUCUUCAAGACCUCUGCCUUCUUCACCAUGGGCCUCAGGCUGAUUCAGCCUCAUCAUUCUCACAUUGUCACAGAUGAUGGCGAGGCAACCGUGUCCCUCGGCUUCUCCAGGCCUGCAACUUUUACCUAUGAGAUCACACAGCACCAGGACCUUCUCCACUGUGGAGCUUCAGAGCAGAAAGAGUCCAGCAACUCCUCCCACGGCCUCCUAACAGUCUCCCAUCGGAGCAUGAAGCUACAGCUCCUGCCGCCUGCAAGUGGCGCAUACGAUGUGAAGGUGUUUGCGAGACCCGAAUCAGCCACGACGCAUCUGAUUUGGGUCUGCUCCUUUACGGUUGAGUGCCCGACCCCCAGGGCCAUGGAGGAGAUCCCAGAGAACCCGUUCUUGUCUUGGGGCCUGCAGCCUGUUGCAGGAUCUCUUGGUGUCGCGGGCAGCAGCCAGGGCAGCGAGGUUGCUGAGGUGGAAGAAGGUGUCUUUGAAUUGACGUUGAAGACGUCCAGGCCUCUGAUGGUGCUGUGUGAACUGGUCCAUCCAGGACUUGAAGCUGCUGUAGCCAAGCGAUGCCUGCUUACUCAGAUUCAACCGAAUGUCCUGACCUGCCAUGUCCUGUGUCCUUUGCACGGCUUCUACCGGCUGUCGGUGUUUGUGCGGGACUACGAGAAAACAGAAGUCAAGUUCCAGAACGCCGCAAACUUCCUGUUGCACUGCAAGGGGAAGGUGGUCGGUCCGGAUGAGCUCUUCCCGCCUAACCUGGGCUCGGCCUGUGGGCCUGGGACCCGCACAUCAGAGGCGGGGCUGUCCAAAUUCAGCCACACGACACCGCUGGUGACUACCCAGCAAGGCAAGUGCAACAUCACCUUCCACAACCAGCGGGACCUGGAGCUUCACACUGUGCUCAGCAGAGAGGAGAGCAGAACAGCAGCCAUCCCGCUUUCCCGCCACCUCUUCUGCACAUACACAGACAGCAAGGUGACAGUGAGCGUCAGCCUGCCCGACCCUGGGGUGUAUCGGCUGGGCCUGUAUGCCAGGCUCACCCCCGGGGGAGAUUUCAACCCCAUGUGUGACUUUGUUCUGAGGAACAGCUGCGAUCAGCCGGGGCCUCCUUUCCCCUGUGUCUACUCAGCCUGGAGAAAAGGCUGCGUGCUCUUCGAGCCUCGCGUGGGCCUGCUGGAGCCCCUCUCAUGGGUCCGCUUCAGGGUGAGGGUCCCCGGGGCCCAGAGGGUGAGCGUGGUGGGAGAGACGAGAACUGAUCUGAAACUGAACAAGAGCAGAGUGUGGGAGGGUGAGGUUUCCAGUGGAAACGGUCUCCGGCAGCUGAAACUGGCUGCCGCCUCGGGGGAUUCCGGUGACAUGGCUGUUUUGAUGACCUUUGACAUCAAGCAGUUGGAGAGAGAAGUGUGAAAUCAAAAGGCUGGCACGGACUGGAUGGAUAGUUGUCUGAAUGUAGCUGUUAACUGCCUGCCGACGUCGACAUGGACUAAUGCGAAUCAGACUGGGGUUGAAAAUAUUUGCAAACAAUUCAAACUGUGAGCCAUAAUCCUUCAGGUUUAACUGCAUCAACAUAAUACAGAUGGAGCCAGGCUAUUGCCAGCCGUAAUAAGGUGUAUAAAGUUGAAUUUGAAAUAUGAUGCUGUGAAUGCGUGAACUCUGUAGCAAUGAAGUGAUAAAAUGCAAUACUAAACUUACCUGAGAGCUCUUCUUUGAUCCUGGUAGCAUUCAGUGCAAAAAAACCUUUCAAGAUUGACAAUGGUGCUCAGCUAUGGUGCUCAUACUGAUCCAGAGUGCAUUUGUGCUUUACUAUUGUGUUAUAAGAAGAAAAUCUGCAUUAUGAAAU